GUCAUUGUGGUAUGGUAGUAGGUACUACCAAGAAACUUAAAAAAAACUACAAUCUGAUUUUGUGUUGAAGUGAAGCUAAUUUUACAAUUACAAAAAAUUGGAAAUUGAAUUGGGAUUCAUAGAUUUCUUUAUAUUUUAUUCUUUCUUUUCAUCCUAUCUGAUAACAUACUUAUAAAUAGGAUAUAGAUGUCAUACUGAUAUUUUGUAUUGUAUUAUAUUAUAUUAGUUUCACAGUAAUUGAAGCUUCAAAAUGAGCAUGAGACCAGAUGAUCAUCGUAGAAAAUGGGACAAAGAUGAAUUCGAACGAAUCGCAGCGGAACGAUUACAAGCAGAAUUAGAAGAAGAGGAGCGAUCCAAAAAGAAAGCUCCUCCUGUUAAACGUGAACUUUUGAAACAGAGAGAUUACAAAGUUGAUUUAGAUUCCAAACUUGGCAAGAGUGUUGUUAUCAACAGAAAUACACCAACAUCACAAUCAGGAGGAUAUUAUUGCAAUGUUUGUGAUUGUGUUGUCAAAGACUCUAUUAACUUUUUGGACCACAUCAAUGGCAAGAAACAUCAAAGAAAUCUUGGCAUGUCCAUGAAAAUAGAAAGGAGCAGCUUAGAUCAGGUUAAAGCCAGAUUCGCUCUGAACAAAAGAAAAUUAGAGGAGAAGAAAUCAGAGUAUGAACUAGACAGUCGUCUGCGUGAGGCUGCAGAGGAGGAGGCUCGGUUGAAGGAACUCCGACGCGAGCGACGUCGGGACAAGAAGCGCAAGCUGCAGGACAACGAGGAGGAGGAAGACACUCCAGUGCAGUCAGAGUUGGCUCAGAUCAUGGGAUUUUCUGGCUUUGGGGGCUCCAAGAAAUAACAAUUUAGGUUUUUAUUAGGCUAAAUUUCAUAUAUUGCUCUUAAAAUACUUUAUUCUCAUCUGAUGUUUCAAUAAUUUGCAGAAAUUGCACUUGCCCAGAAAUCCUUCUCUUUACAAUAUGUAUGUAAAAAUAAAUAAAUAUCAAAUGAAACAAGAUGAUUCCAACAAACGAGAAUUAAUCAAUAUCAAUAUCUAGUACUGAAUUUGAAUGUUACUUGUCGGGAAAACCGAUUCAAAUUGUAUAAGAACUAUAUGAAUAAAAAAAAUUUCUAAUCAA